AUGGAUCUUCCUUCGGUUUUGCUGCCGCGUGGUAUUGAGCAUGGCAGUCGCCAGGCGUCGGUAUUCGGAAUCGGAGUUAGUUUCGCAUUGUUCAUUAUGGUGGUGAUUGCUUUGCGACUGUAUGUGCGAAUUUCUCUGAUUAAUGCGGUCGGAGUCGAUGAUGUUCUCAUGGUUAUUGGUGCUAUAUUCACAUUUGGUCUGUCUGUCGCAUCCAUGAUCGCUGCAUACCAUGGCACCGGGCGACACGUCGAGGACAUCCCAAUACCGUCCCUUCCACCUAUGCUCAAAGCCAUCUACUCCACCCGCCUGAUUUACAUCAUCGCCAUGUUAUUCGUGAAAAUGUCACUGCUCUGGUUCUUCCUGCGGCUCGACCGUCGCCGGCGCAUGAGAUGGACUGUAUAUUGCCUCAUGGUUUUCGUGAUCGGUAUUUCUGUAUCCAGCUUCUUCGUGCUCGCCUUUUCAUGUUACCCGCCUACCAUGUUCUGGGAUGUCGAGGGAACUGUUAAAGGGAAGUGCAUGUCACCGGGCUCGCAGCAGGCGUUUUAUGAUGCCAACGGCAUCUUAAACAUCGUGACGGACAUUUUUAUCUACUUGACGCCAAUUCCGAUGCUGUGGGGAGUCAAGAUUUCUGGGAGGAAGAAGACGGCUUUGUUUGGUAUCUUUGGAUUGGGAAUCUUAGCUGUCGCUGCCGGCUGCGUCCGAUAUGACUAUGUGCGCCUCCUCUCCAACACCGCGGACCAAUAUUAUUACCUCGCGGACUCCUUGAAUUGGUGCAGUAUUGAGAUCUACGUCGCCAUCUUCUGCGGUUCCGCGCCUGCUCUCUCUGUGUUGAUCAAGACCUACGCACCUCGUGUCUUUGGCAACUCGUACGGUCGCUACGACUACGAGAACGGUGGGAACACGCCUGGGGACUCGUCAGGCCAAACACCCGCUCAGAAGCUCUCAGGUCAGGGCAAGGACAUCUGGCACAGGGCAAAAGUCAGUGGACGGCGAGGACUUCAGGACACCACGCUGACUGGGAGCGAAGAGGCGAUUGUUCCUGGGGACGGGAUUAUCUUGAAGACGGAGUUGAGGAUGGAUGUCACGCAGCGUGAAAGGGAGAAUAUUGAAGCUGGGAUGGCGGAUGAAGCGCUCGGCGGGGUGGUCGCAUAUCUCGGUCAUCGUCGACUCGCCCAAUCGAGCCGCCGGAUCGCUAUUACGGAGCUCCCAAAAUCGAGCGCAUGCCGCAAACUUGUUGAAGGAACUGGAGAACAAAUAUCACGAGAUACAUGGGGAAUUGAAGGUUCAACCUUGCUAUCCUCCUGUUCCGGUGGUGGGAAAUCUCACUGGAUUUCAUCCUUCACUGCUCUUCAAGUCGAGGUACCAGUGUCCCGUCUUGUAGGGUAUGGCAAGUCUCGUGAUCUAAAUGGCACCGAGAAAAGUGACGACACAUAUGGGCUCAUGAAAAGCUUCCUCGCCGCAUAUCUAGAAGGACGAGCCACUGGUCCCGAGUCGUUGGUUUUGGAUAAAGACGAGCCGUCCCUGUCUCUCAGACCGGGCAGUUUGUUGUUCGGAAGACAAUCCGGUCUCGGGGCAUUUUUGCUCGGAACAUGGGACUCUAAAGGUUCGAGGUCUAUCCAACCAUUGGAUUUGCCUUCGGGUGUUCCUCAGCCGUGCACUGAGUUCACUUCUAAUAGCGAAGUCAUUCAAGAUAGUGUCGUGGAGACUGCCGGAGCUGUCUUUUACUGGAAGUUCCCAAACGGUCUGGUGCGUGCAGUUGACAGUACUGCAUCGUAUGGAAUGCCUUGGCGGUUAAUGGAGGGCGGUUUCCAGGAGUUCAUUGUUGAAAGGACAUCUAAUGACACAGCAAGGUUGACAUACGUGACGGUCGAAUGUACGGAUCUUUAUCCUGAGGCUCAGUCUCCGAAGAACUUCAAGGUCUUGCCGAAACUGCUUUACGAGGCGCAUGUGCUUUAUGCGCAGAGCCUUUUGGAUAAGACUGUGAAGCAGCUUGGGAAAUUGUGA